CACGAAUCUUACCACUAGCAAAUCGGUCAGAAAAUUAAUGUAGUUAAUGUAUAGGUAUCGAAAUGGACAUACGUUAUUAUGUCUUUCUGUGGUGCUGGCUUAUAGCGGAAUGUAAUUUCCAAGCACCAUCUGGAAAAAUUGACUUUGAUGGUUCCACACACAGCCCCGACCCAAAUAUCCAAACUGUGAAAACAUCUAAAACGGUAACAGCGUGUACUUCUAGCGGUUGCAACACUACAGAAUCUAAUAACAGCUCAUUGGUGAAUACAGAAAUUUUAGUACAUGUUCAAACAAAAGUAAAUCUAAAUCGAAACCAAAAUAAAUCAGAAGUAUCAGACUCUGGUGAGGUUCCUGUGUUAUUUGGUUGCAACGGAGAGAGAUGUAGUCCUGAUAGCUCUUAUUAUGGAUUUAAUAAGAAUGGGUAUAGAGCUUCGGAAGAAAAUAGGCAACACAAUUUAGUCCCCUCAUGGUUAGCAUCCAGACCAUAUGGUAAUAGCCACGAUUCCCAAGGGUUUUGGGAGACUAAUUUUGAUCAUAAUGCUCAAGAUAAUAGCUAUGACUCAAGAAAUCCUAUAUCUUUUAAUCCGAAUAGCUUCCCUAGACCUCUCCCUCAACCUCGACCAUUGGACAGGCCAAGGUUAGAGACUAAUCAAGAAAUUCACAUUCCGCAUUUCACACACUCAAACAACCAUCAUCAUUUCAACAAUGAGCCUCCAUUCCUCAUUGUCAACAGUAUUAAAAGACGUUUUCAAAAUCCCGUGGAGUUUAGAACCGGCACAACUAAUCAGUGGAGGCCUACAUUUGAAAUAAAUCAGAAUCAUAAGUAUGAUUUUAAUGAAGAUAAUCGUAACUUUAUAAAUCCCAAUGAUAAUGCUGGCACAUUUCGUCACUACCAACCACCACCAAUUAAUAUAUUUAAUAGACAUGAGAAUGGUUUGGAAUGUAUCUGUAAAAAACCACAUAGUGAUUUGGAAUCAGCAGGAACAAAUCAUGUUGGUGUUACACGCGGCGGUCAUGGGAUUAAAUUGAAUAGACAAAGUAGUGGAUUUAUUGAUGACAAACUUGCUCCUUUAAAUUAGGCCUUAAUAAAAAGUAUUCCUUUAUUUUAAUAUAAACGCGAUUUUA